GUUACUUCUGAAUACUGAUGAACGAAAAAACGACCGAAUACAUAACACUACUUCUCUCUAGAAUGUAUAAAAGAGAAGGGGUUGGCUGCUCCUGCGAUCAGUGGAGUGAUUGCCAUUGCGCGCGGAAGACCUAUUCUUGUAUUGUGACUUCAAAUAAAUCAUGGAUGAUAAAGAGUUUCGUGAGUUUGGAAAAGCUGCGAUAGAUUAUAUAGCUGAUUAUAAAGAAAAUUUACGUGAUCGUGAUGUGCUACCAAGUAUUAAACCCGGGUAUCUCUGCGAACUAUUGCCGAAAGAAGCUCCUGAAAAGCCAGAAACUUGGCGUGAAGUCCUGGAUGAUGUAGAAAAACAUAUAAUGCCUGGGAUAACGCAUUGGCAUUCACCGCACUUCCAUGCGUACUAUCCUACCGCUAACUCGUAUCCAGCUAUUGUCGGUGAAAUUAUAAGUGCUGGUAUAGGUUGCGUUGGAUUUUCAUGGAUAGCGUCGCCUGCCUGUACAGAAUUAGAAAUGAUUACAAUGGACUGGUUAGGAAAAUUAUUGGGUCUCCCAGAAGAAUUUCUAAAUUCAAGCCCUGGACCAGGUGGUGGCGUAUUGCAGGGAUCUGCAAGCGAAGCGACACUUGUUGGAUUACUAGCCGCUCGAGAGACAACUGUCAACCGAUUUAAAAAAGAACAUCCUGAUUGGGACGAAGCAAUAAUUAGAUCAAAAUUAAUAGCAUAUACAUCAGAUCAGUCAAACUCUAGCGUGGAAAAGAGUGGCCGUCUUGGAGCAAUGACAAUGAAACUUUUGCCAACUGAUGAGAAAUGUAGCUUGCGAGGCGCCACGCUUUUGGAAACUAUAAAGAAGGAUAUAGAGGAUGGUUUUAUACCGUGCUAUGUUGUGGCCACAUUGGGAACUACGCCUACAUGUGCCUUUGAUAAUCUCAAUGAACUUGGCCCUAUCUGCAAUAAAUACAAUAUUUGGCUUCAUAUCGAUGCAGCAUAUGCAGGUGCUGCGUUUGUGUGCCCCGAAUACCGCUACUUGAUGUCCGGAGUACAAUAUGCAGACUCUUUCAAUUUCAAUCCUCACAAGUGGCUCUUGGUUAACUUUGAUUGUUCAGCACUUUGGGUAAAGGAUUCUCGCUUUUUUACCGAAUCUUUUAACGUCGAACGGAUAUACUUGGCAAACAAUAAAGAUGGACCAACUCACGACUAUCGACAUUGGCAAAUACCACUUGGUAGACGAUUCCGUGCUCUUAAAGUUUGGUUUGUUUUACGAUUGUAUGGCGUAGAAGGAUUGCAAAAACACAUCCGUCAUACCAUAGAACUCGCGCAAAGAUUUGAAAAACUCGUAAAUGAUGACAAUAGAUUUGAAAUACCUAUAGAACGGCAAAUGGGACUUAUCUGUUUUAGACUUAAGGGCGAAGAUAAACUAACGAUGCAGCUCCUUGAUAGGCUUAUGUCGAGAAGAAAAAUCUACGUUAUUCCAGGAGCAUAUCGCGAAAAGUUGGUUAUUCGGUUCGCUGUUUGUAGCCGGUUUUCAAUGCACGAGGAUAUGGUUUUUGCCUGGAAUGAAAUAGCUGAACAAGCAAGUGAAAUAUUACAGGCAAAACUGAAACCUGCUGCUAUCAAUGAAUCGACUUUAUUAACCAGACCGGCAAAGAAAAGUAUUGAAAUGGUUUCGAGAAUUAAAGAUCUCGAAAUGGAAAAUAAGCAGUUAAAUACUGCGUUUAUGGUAAAAUAGUGCUCUGAGUUUUUCUUUAACUUUAUCGAGUUUAUUUAUGCUAUUUUAUUUGUGGUUGUUAUUAUUUUAUGUAUGUUAAAUCUAUCAUUAUAUUAUGUGCAUGAUGUUUUUAGUGUAAAACGUUACCACAAAUUGUACAAAGUAAAAAAUUCAAUUUAAAUUACAAUAAAUAAAUUAUUUAUAUAAUAAAAAA